AUGAUAACACUCGCACUGUUCGUGUCACUCCUCUUAGCGGUAACAAGGCUUUAUUCUGGUAAGUAUGUCCAUUUGGCUUCUAACAAUUUCAGUGUUAAUUUGACAAUUAACUCAGAGAUUUUCUUGUGCUAUUUGGUCAUUCGAGCGCUAUGGUCGAUGUUAGUUUUUUAAAAACUUUUUUAGGAGCGGCCGUGAAUGUCUCUAGUAGGGAGGGCGCAUUUAGACACCCACGGCGGCUUACGGCACAUUUCGUGUUAUCAUCCUCCGCCUUCGGCUACGGCUUACAAUACUUACAAAGACCUUGACCGACCUCAUUCAAUAAUUGGCUUGCAUUGUUCAUUAUCGUUAAGUCACAAGAGUCAAAAGUGCCCAAUUUGAUCCUUUUUAGCUUUGGAAUGCCCAGAAACGUGGAAAGAAUUUGAAGGCUUUUGCUACAAGGUUAUGGAUAGGCUUGGUUAUCGGCGAAGAUUUGCUUGGUCAACAGCUUUAAGCGGAUGUUUUGGGUUUGAAGGAGACCUGGUAAGUAUAUCGAAUGAAAAGGAAAUGAAGUUUGUCCAUGACAUGGCUUUCAAGGACGCAAACCGCACUUCUGUUUGGAUUGGGUUGGCGUAUCGGCAUCAAAAGGGAGGAUAUGUAUGGAACAAUGGAGAAUCGUUUAACAUUUCUGUUUCUGUCCAGCGGCUGAACAUGUCGAGAAUUGUUUAUGAAAAUAAAUGCGUCGAAAUCUUGAAAAGUGGCUGGAACCUCACCGAAUGUUGCAAGGAAAAUAAACAUCUCAUCUGCAAGAGACCGAAAGGUGAGUUGUUCCUGUGUGUGAACUCGACAUUGAAAAUGAUGGGGAAGUUCCAAUCGUACCAAGUACGACCAAAGCACAGGUAAAAUUUGAUCCAUUAAGGCGCUUAAACUCUUAAACGGACUUUAGAUAGCCUUUACGCCUUUAAAUUUUAGGCAGGCUUGAUUCUACCCUGAUAUUGGGCUUUUUCCAUUUGUUUUCUCGUUUUUUUUCACAGUCAUUUUAACCUCAAUUAUAACCUUGCUGGGUUAAAGGAGAUUAUUUGGUGGUUACAAUGCAGUUUUUGUCACAAGACCAGCCAAAGCCCAUAAUUAUACAAAUUUUACAUGUUAGAAUUACCACACCCAAACACAUAUUAAAGAUCCUAAUUUUUCUUGUAUUCUAUUUUUUAAAAAAAUUAAAUAUAACAACUGAUUGAUUACCGGGAAAUUUUAGAAUAUUUUAUUCCUUGUUCUCUGAUUCUCGUCCCAGUCACUCUAACGUUUACAGCAAUGCCAUGAUUCUUAUUGGUUUCAAACUAUUUGAUCUGUAAAUGUUUCACUAAUGAGGUCCAUUGGCUUGUUCUACUGGUUGGUUUCUCAAUGGAGUAUCCUGCUACAAGGAAAAUCAUAAAGAUACCUGGGAAGGUGCACGACAAGGGUGUACUGUUUCUGGAGGUGAUUUAGUGAAGGUUGAUGAUGAUAAUAAAAAACAAUUUUUGAUUCACUUCAUGGAGGUCACCGGUGUGAAGAAACCCAACGUAGAUGUAAGUAUCGAGUCAUUAACUCUUUGAGCCUCAUGAUCACAUGAACAGCAUGAAAUUUCUCCAUGUAAUAUUAAUGCAUUAUAAAACAUAGUAGUCACAAGAAUUAAUUAUAUAAGCACAUGAUCACCAGAGGUGAAUGCAACUGAUUCUUAAUAUAAUUACUCUUCCCACCACAUCUGUGGGAAAAGCGUAAGGACAGGAAAUGGACAUCAACUGGAGAUGUCAGGUUUUUUAUGCAGUUGAUAGAGCACGCUUAAGGCUAGGAUAAUAAAUUAUAAGAAGAGAUUUCAAAGAGGAAUGCGGAGAAAUCACAUCUUCUGUGUACUUCGUGUCACAGACCCAAUUGAAACAAUGAUGUAGACAGUUUUAAUUCCAUUUUCAUCUAUGUCUGUAUCUUGAAAAACGUAAAUGUUCAAAAGACCACGUUUCUCAGUUACUUUGGCAAGCUGAGCGUACAAACUGAAUUAUUUUAAAAUGCAAGUUUAUCGUUCACACAUACAUACAUUCCAAGCAAUGCUGGUGAAUUUGAUAAAAAACCAGUUGCUCUGCCUCUCAUUAGCUGAGACGUCUUGAUCUAAAAUGCUAUCUUGAUUGAAUAACGAUAUAUACCCUUCUUGACAAAAAUUAUUAACUUAAUUUGAUUGUAAGUGAUCAUAAUUAAGUAACUGUAUACUGUCAUAUUGGCAGUCUUGGCCGAGAAGUGAACAUGAGGUUAACCCUGGUUUUCACUAGGGCAUAAGCACAAGCACGAGCAAAUGUGUAAGCAAGUGAAAAAUGGGUCGACAUAAGCACAAGCAUAAGCACAAGGCCGUGGACCAAUCGUAGGCCACUUUGACCCAGACCUCAUGCGAACAUAUCAAAAGCAAUAUGGCGGACGCUUCGUCCGCCAUCUUGUUUAUCAUUGGGUUGAGGAGAGCUGGUGUCGAGAAUUGAGUCAAAAAUGCCAUUCUGCGCGUGCGUAUGUCUUUAUGUUUAUGCUGAUGCGCUUGUGAAAACCAGGUUUAACAAAUUGAGAAAAAUAGGCUUUUUUCAAAACAUCCUUGUCAACAUGGUAACGAUCGAAAUCUUACUUCGAAAACGUCAAAUUUAUUGUAUUUAGUGUAAAUGUAUUCUUUCCAUAUCAAAUAUGAGCAUUAUACCAUAACGAGUCUUGAAUGACACUCCCAUUAUCAAACUGUUUUCACCACCUUAAUUAAUUGUGGCUUUUGUAGUAAAUUGUUCCAUUUAAUAUUUUUUUUCUGUAUCCCUUGUAAUUCCUUUAUACAGCACGUAUGGAUUGGCCGAAAAGGUGAUUCAAAUUGUUGGCAAAUGAAGACAGACAAUGGAAUGAUAAAAAGGGCGGGUGACUGUAACGACAAAAAGAACUAUAUUUGUGAAAUUCCAGCGUCAGCAACAAGUACGUUUUCUAUCAUCACAUCGAGAAGGUUACACUUGCACAUUAUUGCAAAAGUAGCCCAAGCUCAAUACAAGAGCCCUGAACAACAUUAUUCUAUGCAGUUAAUUGUUUAUUCAUACGGCAACAACCACAUAAGACGUUGUCUGAAAAUUGUUACUUUUUUUCUAAAAUGCGAAAUGUACAUUAUGUUUUUCCUAUUAAGCUUUCGUUUAGGAUUUUCUGGUUAAAGUCUAUCAAAUUUUAAUGAAUGACUUCCAAUUUAAUAAAAGCUCCGCUUUUAGGCUUGUCUACAAGUUAUAUUUUCACGCUUUUGCUCCAGAGUUUGAGGUUAGAGACCUUGUCAGAGAUACUCGAUGGUUUUAAAGACUUCUAUUAUUCUGCAUUUAUCUUUAGGUACUGUUUGUUAUGAGUACCCUAUCAGGAAUUCCCCUGUUCCCAUUAAGGUCAACUGUGCUUUUCCAGAAAACCUUUGUUUCAAAUAUGACAAUACAACGGCAAACGGCGAACAAGUCACCAUUCAAGGCUGUAUAUCCGCUGAUCAAUGCAGACAAUUUGAUGGUCAUCAUUUUUACUGUUGUGAAGGAGAUCUGUGUAAUAGUGGUAAGUAAGCUCAAGUAUAAUGGACACAAAAUAGCUAAAAAUUGUUACUUUAGGUCCGCCGUGCUAUGUUCCCCAGAAACAGGGAAAACUUAGUUUAUAUUAACGAGGAUCCAUGAAGGAUGAAUAGCCAUGCUUAGCAGCGAAGUAGAUUUUAAGAACCUUUUUGUAAGUUUUCACAAGAUAAUGCACCUGUUUUAAUCAGCGCAUACUCGCACGUUUCCUAUGCCAUUUAUAAUGCAAUACCUUUCCUUGCAGUUAAGAACACCGAAACCGAAAAUCCGACCCGCGCCAUUUCUAAAGUCAUUUACAUCUCACUUGGUAUCACCUCCGCUUUUUUGCUACUGUCCGUGGCUAUUGCUGUCUGGUGCUACAGAAAAAAGAAGCUAAAGACUAUUGAAAGGUUUGUGUAUCUUUUAAUUUGCUAGCCACAUUGUUCGGCGUAAUUUUUUCUCUAGUUGAAGGUGAUCAAAAACACUUAUGUAAGCAAAAUUUUACUUUCCUAGUAUUUAAUUUUAGCGCGACGUUAUUGGUUAGAUUACGUCACGUGGCCACUUAGAGCGUCGUGCACCUGCCAUUGACAGUUACAAAGAGAACAAUCAAGCAUUUUGUUUUAGCCAAGGGGCUGAAAACCUAAAACAGACAGUAAGAAAGAAGAGAUCCUGAAGAAGAAUAUCUUGAAAAAUAUAUUAAAAAUUGACUUGACUGAUAAAAAGAUGUUAUUGCGUUCGACGUCGAGAGAACGCAACCUAGACUCAACGCCCAAGAGCUUGAGCACGAACAUUCAGCACAAACAAACUCAACUUUUGGUAGUCUGGGUGAAUUACCGAAAACGAUAGGCUGAAGGCUAAUGGCUAAAGUCCUUGGUUGACAGCUUUCUUCUGAGAUGCCUCGUUCUGCCAGCUGUUUAUUUUGACAGACAACCGCUGUUGAGCCUAUCUCGGACCAAGAGUUAUCUCUCAUAUCAACACGAUAUCAAACUAUGCCCCGUCGGCGAGGUUGCAUUUUUGGAAGGCAAAGGCCGGUUUCGAGAAGCGGCGUUUGACUUCUAAUCGGGUAUGGCAAAUUUUCGUUGUGACGUUUUCUCACUUAAAAAUGGGCUAGUGGAGCAAAUGUGUUCAGCAGUACCCAAAAGGGCAAGGGCUGGUUGAGUCGGAUGAAGCUUCAUUCAUCAAUGAAAUUACCCGUGCAUUAAAAUGAAAAAUUUCUCUUAGAUCCCGUUUACACGGGACCGGACAAAUAUUUCAACGAAUGAUUCAGGCUUUUCCCGUGCAACCCUUUUACACUGUGGAACCGUGCAAAUUCUGUAUCAAAUUUCAGUAUGAUUUGCCAUUCAAAAACUUGCCCUGUUUGUGGGUUUCGUGUAAACGAAAUGCAGCGUUGUGCAAGUUUUUGUCCGUUCGUAUGUCCGGAUCUGUUUAGAGUAAACGUGGUCUUAAAUGUCUUUAAACUGUCACCAACCUUGUUGGGAAUUGCCCCCAAAAUAGUUGCUAUCCAACACACUCACAGAAGGUUUCUAUUCCUUUCCUCACAGUACACACUCUCAUCACAAAAUAAUUCUCUUUUACUAUCUCCUAUUGUUCUACUAUUUUACUAUCAAUCACGAGGUUUUCAGCUUCACUUUCAAUUAUAAAGUUCAGGGCUAUCAGGUUCUCACGUGUAAUCUAUCACUUACCACCUCUUUUAAAUCACGUGACUAAAAUCAAACCCAACUUAAAUCAUGUUUAGAAAGGAGAUUGGUUAUUAUUUCCGACACUCUCCACGAUAUGUCUACCUUUAGGUGACAUAUGUUGCAUUUAUCUCUAGAAAACAUAUCAUACUAAACGUUCUUGUAAGUCAAAACGAUAACAGGGAACGAAAUGAUUCUCAAACUCUCUACAGAGUCGGUGUUCAAUGUUCAGUUGGCUUGCUCUUUGUCAGCAAUAUCUUGCAUUCGUACUCUCGCUGCCAUUGCAGCGUCACGGGUAGGUCUGAACUCUGGAACCUCCGGGUUUAGCUGUUCCUGAGUUGUCAAAGGUGUCCGGUCGCACGAUAGUUCUAAGGGCUAGAGGUGGUUUAGCAGCGGCUCUGACGUUUGAAACGGUGACAACCAUAAGACUGUUUUAUCACUCUCUUGGUCAGACGUCUGAGCCUCGGCACCCAAUGACGCUCUCUGAUCCGCGCCAUUGUUAAACAGACUCCCCCAUGCUACGCACGGAGAUGGGCGUCUUCAACGGGUUUCACUGUGUAGGGGUGUUUGUCAGCCAGGUAUACCGAGUAAUGUACCUGUACACGACCUCAACAUAUGAGUACCACCUGGUCGAUUUCUUUUAAACCCAGUCUUUGUCGAUCGUCUGUCACAUCAUUGCUUUGAAUCUCUUGAGGGCGCUUGGUCCAAAACAGGUGCUGGUUUUUAAUCUCGUCGGUCGUCAAUGGACCCAUCAUUCUUUCUUGUCUCUUCAGGCGUGAAUUCCGUAUGAAUCUCGCGGUCCAGGUGACAAUCGUCAACGUCUUGAACAGGUCAAAUUUCCCUAGCAGAACAUUGAGGCACCCAGUUGACGCAGUGGCGCCAUCAAAAAGUUCUUUGGUAAUUUUAGCCUCUGCUUGGCUCUCAGGAGUGCGGCUUGUCACGAUGUCUGUAGGCCACUUUUCUUUGUCUGAAAGCCAUUCUGGUCCUUGCCACCACACUUUGCUGUCAUCUACUUGCCCUCCUCGACUUCCCAGAUCUGCCGGAUUUUCCUUGGUGGGUACGUGGCGCCAAUUGAUCCCUGAAUGCUCUUGUACUUUCAUCACUCUGUUUGCUACGAACUGUUUGUACUCGCCGCCACCGUUUAUCCAAUGGAGAACCACUGAGCUAUCCAGCCAUCCAUAGCGACGUUAACAGGAAACCCUUCAAGCGCCUUCCCUACGUUUGUGAUAAGGUUCGUUGCCAUAUGUGCCGACACCAGCUCUAAUCGCGGAAUGAUCAGCCCCUGCUUCGCUAGUCGAGCCUUUGCAGUAACCAAACCCUGGCUCACCCCUGAUGGCUGUCUCACAACUGCAUGCACUGUUGCACACACUCCGUUCUUACUCGCAUCUCCAAAGGCAUGGAGCUCAAUUCCUUCAAUUUGCUCCUGGGCACAUGUCAGAGCCCUUGUUACCAUGACCUCGGCAGGUAACUCUUUCUUCCAUCGUGUCCAUUGGCUUGCUAGUGGUGGGGGUAGCGGUGCAUUCCAGGCCACCUUCACGUUGCAAACAUCUCUGUAGAUGAACUUUCCCUUGAUAGUUACCGGCGCCUCGAGACCAAGGGGAUCGUAAAUUCUUGCCAGAUUACGCAACAAUGUUCUUUUUGACGCGACUGCAUCAUAUUAAGGCAUGGUAACACUUAUCUGAUCUUCUAGAUUGUCUCACGAGAGUCCAAGAAAACUGCCGGUCUUUGCUUUUGUUUGACCGAGCUGCUGUUUAGCAAACGUGCCCUUGUCUUCAACUCCUCUUUCACUCUCUUCUAACUCGGCAACAUUCGAGAGCCACUUUUGCAGCAUGAACUUAGCAUCUUCGAAGAUUCUUAUGGCUCCCUCUUUCAUCUUUUUUCGCCUCUGGUGCUGUUGGUUUCCCGUUUAUCAAAUCGUCGACAUACACGCUUUGCGCAGCUCAGCAACAAAGUGUGGCAUACAAGACUCCCAGGUUUCAAGGCACUCUAUCACUCCCCCAAGAAGAAAGGGAGAAGGCAUGAGACCGAACAGAGCCCGCGUGAAUGUCAACACCUCCACUUCAGGAAUGUUUGCUGGUCUUCCAAUGAAAUCUAAGUGCAUCUCACUCUUCCUUCUUUAUGAACACCUGACGAAAGGCCUGUUGUAGGUCCCCACUGAUAAGGACUGGAUGAAAGCGCAUGCGUACUAAAAAUACUCCACAGGUGAUUCUGAAGCGGUGGUCCGGCAUACAGAGAAACAUUUAAGCUUGGCGCAUGAGGGUUCGCUCGAGAGGAGGCGUCAUAAACGAUCCUUAGCGUCAUAGUUUCAGCUCCUUUAAUCUUUAAUCUGUAAUCAAGGUAAUUGCCAAUAGUGCUUAUGCCAAUCCGGCAAUACGGAUCACCGGCUUGUGAGGUAUGUAGAAUUCUUUUCCCUGUGGUGAAAGACUUGCGACUUCUACUAUUCCCAAGGACUUCUGUUUUUUCAAUUAUCUCUCCACAACUCUCGGUCACAUCCAAGCGCUGGCGUCUAUUGCUUUAUUGUUUGGUAAAGGCGGAUGGUUACCUUUCCAUGGUAGCGAGGUCUCACACCAGCGUUCUGGGUGUCGUGCCAACUGUUCUCUGAACUCUGCGUAGACUGUUCGCUGGUCAUGUUCUGGGGUAUCUUCUAAAACCUAAGACGUCUAGCCGACAAAGUGCUGCAUAAUCCACAUGACUCGUUUGUGUCCGCAGCAUAUUCGUGUAGUCAAUCUCAGUUCCCGGUGACAUAAUAGUCCACCCCAGCUUGGUCUUUUUUGCUACUGGUUCCCCUAGGGGCCCAACGUGGCGGAGCUCGGACGUCUUGAUCCCUUUAUACUCGCUGGCCCCUAAUAUCAGGUGUAUUGGGAUAUAUGGCUUAGGGUCACAGUCCGUCGUCUCAACUCCCUUUAGAUGAGCGCCCGACUCGAUAAUCUUUUGAUAGUGUAGGUUAUUAAUCAUCAGCAACUCCAGUCUUUCGACCUUGGUAACGUCAACGUUUAAUUCUUCACUGCCAUCAGUUGAAUGUACUUUGAUUGUGGAAAGUCCUACUUCACGUGUGGUCGAUCCCAGCAUCAUUUCUAUUCGACGAACUUCUUUAGCCCGAGAGCGCUUGAGAAGUUUCUCCAAAAGCGCAGCUGAAGCAUACGAACUCUUAGCUCCAGUAUCCAGAAGUGCAGGUUACAGUACUCCCUCCACGCUUACUUUCACCACAUGAUAAACAACACGCCCUUGGUUCCCGGUGGCUGUCAACAAUUGGUCUCCUUGAUUGCAAAUCGAUCUAUGGUGUUUCUGUCUGCACUUCUGACAACACAUUCUACUCCUUCACUCAGCUGCAUGAUGUCUUGGCCCAGUGCAAUUAAAGCGCAUCCGCUUCUGCGCUAGCAUUCUUUUCCUCUCGUCUGUUGUGGUUACGUGCGUGCAAUCGCGCGAGAUGUGACUCGCGUCAUCACAGUAAACACAACGGCGUUUUUCCAUGGAUUCUGCGUGGUAAAAAAAACGAGAUUUGUUCUCAGGGCGCUUAGACGGAGUAGUCAUGCUUUCGACGUUAUUUCCUUCAGUCGCUGGGUUUACGUCUCUCCAUUUCUUCAGAGCUUGGGCCAAACGGGGUAAAUCCCAGUCUUGCCAGUUUUCUUGUCCCCUGACCAAAUCGGCUUUGAUUCCUGUCAAUUCAUCUAGCACGCUUAUUGUCAUUCCGUUUACUCUCUCAAUUUUUCCAAGCGUUUCCAGUGACUGGACGUUAAGCAGCAGUGUUUUGUAAAAGGAAUUCACUUUGUUUGGGUCGGCGCUUGUCACGGUGGGGAGUUGAAGAAUGUUAUUGACAUAGGCGUUGACAACUUCGCUCGUUUUUCCAUAUUCUUCUGUGAUUAUUUGUUUUGCUUUUUCAUAUCCCUCUGUAUUAAGCGGAAAUCCAUCGAUGUCUACCCUGGCUUUAGGCUCCAAUAGCUCUUGCAAGUAGGCAAAUUUUGUUACAGACGCUAAUUCCGUUUUGUCGAUUUCGGCCUCGAAUUUAUUCCAGAACGGCGUUGUUCAAUGCGUUGCUCAUUGGUUCUCUAUACGUCCACGUCUGCACAAAUAGUUGUGUACAAGCCAAACGUUUUACCGCUGGUAUGUUCUUCAGGUUGAAGCUAUGGUGCUUAAACGGAUAACAGUCACCGCUAUCAUUACGAUGACUCACGAGCGCUUUUUAAUUAAUAGCAACCUUAGCUUUUAUUAUGUCCUUUUUCUCCAGAUCACCUGAUUCACAACCCUCUGAUAAGUGGGAAAUGCUGCCUGAGCAAAUAGAAUUCGAGGGAGAGCUAGGGAGAGGAGAGUUUGGUGUUGUUUACAAAGCAACCUUUAGAAAGAGGGAUGAGAUGGAGGCGUUGGUCACUGAGACUUCCAAAUGGCCUUCAUCAUCCACGAAGCCGAAGGCACCACAGGUGGUGGCUGUCAAAGUUUUACAUGGUAAGAAAUAUUUUAAUCUACAAAACAAGAGACAAAGCCGUAAGCGCUAAUUGAAUUUGUAACUUAUUUCCAGUUGUUUAUAUGCAACAGAAACCAAUUCUUUUUUAUUUCUUGUUUGGACCUUUCUGAGACUCUAACAGAAAAUCAGUCGAAAAAAUCCAAUUUUCUAUAUUUCGUUUGCUUUGGUUCCUGUUAGUAUUGUUGUUAUUGUCGAUUAUUCUUUUCACCACUGUUCUCCUUCGAAAACAACAGCUACGGCCUGAGGGUAAAUAGCGUAGGGGUUCAAGAUAGCAUGCCUCACCCACCCUGACUGUUCCAGAUAGCGCAUCCCCUCCAAUUAAGGCUGCGAACUAAGAAGAUGGGGUGGUAAAGUGACUAUUAAACUGAAAUGCACUUAGAAGGUAGAAUCUACCUGUCCUUUUGUACAUAGGAGGAUGCGUGCGAUAAAAAGGGAUGAAUAUUUGUCAUGCAAAUGAAAAAUCUAGCACUGAAAUAAUAUGCUGUCACAGGAAGAAUGAAGAAGACAUAAUCAUUUUAUCAAAUUGUCUUUAGAUGAUCCAUCUGAGGCACAGAUAGAAGAGUUCACGUUUGAGAUUGAACAAAUGAAACUGUUAGGCUCACAUAAGAACGUUGUAUCCAUGGUUGGAUGCUGCACGCUUGAAGAGAAAAUGUUCCUGGUCAUAGAAUACGUUCCGUGUGGUGACCUUUUGACGUGGCUACGCCGCAGAAGAAAAAAG